AUGUCCAUCCAGUAUUUAUGCUCCAGUGCUUCGCGGGACUGGGUCCGAACCGCUGACUCUGCCCAUCAGAUUUACAGGGCAUUCUUCCUUAAAUCCCUUUACCUUCCGGUCAAGCAAAGGAAAUUCCUCUAUAUUACUUGUUACAAUGAUCAAAACCAAACUACUAGCAAAUGGGAAUCUUUUAUGUUUCAAGAUUGGAAUUUUGGCACGGAUGUUGUAGUGAUGAGGGUGGAAGAGGAUAGAAUGGGACAACAUGGUGUUGCCUUUGACCAAUAUAACGAUUUCAAUAAUGGACCCGACCCAGACCCACCCGGGAUUCCCACACCACACGAUAAAUCCCGGGAUUCCCGCACCUCACGACCAAGAAAACGUAGUGUUCCUAGCGGUGUCAUGUACCUAUCCGUGGACGGAAACCGGAUUCCCCCCGAAACAUCCCGCAGUUCUCGAACCCCGGAAUCAAAGAUUCCGGAUUCCAUCACCAAUUCCGCUCGUUACACAACUAGCAAACGUUCACUAGGUCGAGACGCCCAAAACCUACUCGAUUACUUCCGAAAAAUCCAAGCCGAAAACCCGGGUUUUUACUACGCGAUACAGCUCGAUGAAGAUAACCGUAUGGGAAAUAUAUUUUGGGCGGAUGCAAGGUCAAGAACUGCUUAUUCCCAUUUCGGUGAUGCAGUUACACUAGACACAAUGUAUAGAGUCAAACAAUACAAAGUCCCAUUUGCUCCUUUUACCGGGGUCAACCACCAUGGUCAAACGAUUCUCUUCGGUUGUGCAUUGCUUCUAGAUGAAUCCGAAUGUACAUUCACAUGGCUUUUCAAGACCUUUCUUGCAGCCAUGAAUGACCGGGCCCCGGUUUCCCUAAUCACCGACCCCGAGAAAUCGAUCCAAGAUGCGGUUUCACAAGUUUUCCCGGGAACCCGUCAUUGUAUUAACAAAUGGCAUGUGUUAAGAGAAGGUCACGAAAGAUUAGCUCAUGUUUGUCAUAUUCAUCCGAAUUUUCAAAUCGAGCUGUAUAACUGUAUAAACAUGACCGAAACAAUCACGGAGUUUGAAUCCGCGUGGGAUUUCAUCCUCGAUAGAUACGAUCUUAGAAGAAACGAUUGGCUUCAAUUAUUAUAUUCCGUUCGACACCAAUGGGUCCCGGCUUAUUUUCGCGACACAUUUUUCGCGUUCAAUAACGUUUUCGAAACCUCGUUUUUUGAUGGAUAUGUAAACGAACACACAACGGUUCCCAUGUUCUUCAGACAAUAUGAAAGAGCUUUAGAGAAUUCAUUCGAGAAGGAAAUCGAAGCCGAUUUCGACACGAUUUCCACCACCCCGGUGUUGAGAACCCCAUCACCUAUGGAGAAACAAGCUGCGAAUUUAUACACGAAAACAAUAUUUUCAAAGUUUCAAGAGGAAUUAGUCGAAACAUUUGUAUAUACUGCAAAUCGGAUCGAUGGAAAUGGUGAUGUGAGUACUUUUCGUGUUGCGAAAUUCGAAGAUGAUCAGAAAUCGUAUCUUGUUUCGUUUAACGUGAGCGAGUUACGCGCGAAUUGCAGUUGUCAGAUGUUCGAGUAUUCCGGGAUUCUUUGUAGACAUAUUUUGACUGUUUUUACAGUGACAAAUGUGCUCACGUUUCCAUCACAUUACAUUAUGAAAAGGUGGACACGGAAUGCGAAAAGUGGGAAUUUGUUGCAAGAAUCAGGAAAUGGGAACGAGUCGUUAGGUGUUCGUUACAAUUUUUUGUUGCGGGAAGCUGUGAAAUUUGCUGAGGAAGGGGCGGUUGCUCCGGAUACUUUUACGGUGGCGGUUGCCGCCCUGAGAGAUGGCGGGAGGAAGGUGGCUGCCGCCAAGACAAAUGUGGCGAGUUUUGCUCCGGCGAAUUCACAGGUGAGUGUGAUUGGUUAUGAUAACAGGAAAAUGAAUUCUACAUCGGAUAUGACACCUUUGUUGUGGCCAAGACAAGAUGAAGUGACAAGAAGGUUUAAUCUUAAUGAUGGUGGUCUUUUGGGUCAACCUGUUACGGAUUUAAAUCUCCCGCGUAUGGCUCCAGUUUCCUUAAGGCGUGAUGAUGCACAUCAUGACAACAUGGUGAUUCUUCCUUGUCUUAAGUCGAUGACAUGGUUAAUGGAAAAUAGAACUUUGCCUCCAGCAAGCAGAGUAGCUGUCAUAAACCUGAAGUUGCAAGAUUAUAGAAGGACACCCGCAAGUGAAUCGGAGGUUAAGUUUCAGCUUUCAACAGUUACACUAGAGCCAAUGUUGAGGUCAAUGGCUUACAUCAAUGAACAGCUAUCUGCUCCUGCUAAUAGGGUUGCUGUUAUUAAUUUGAAGCUUCAAGAUACGGAUACUAGUACAGGAGAAUCUGAGGUGAAGUUUCAGGUGUCUAGGGACACAUUAGGUGCCAUGUUGAGAUCAAUGGCUUAUAUCCGUGAGCAGCUCUCAAAUGCAGCUGAAUCAGCAUCAGAGAUUCCAUCAAAGAAACCAAGAAAAUAGAACCAACUAUUUUUUUCUUCUGUUCUAUAAACAUCAACAAUUGAGCCACUAUUUCUUCACAGUUUUGCAAGUAUUAAUGACCAUCAACUAAAGUUCUUGCAAACUGUGGAAUGUGUUAGUUAAUUGGUGGUCUUUUUUGUUUUUAGAGGUAAAUUAGUUUUUAAUUUUCAUGGUCUUUUGUUACUAGAUACUAAAAGCAUUGAGAGAUAGAAGAAAAAGUGUUGUAGGUUGUUAGGUGAAUUUUCGUCCAUUGAUGCUGUGAUUUAUUGUAUAUACUUUUUGAUGAUAUAACGCUCUUUAGAGGAGUUGUUGAUAAUAGUAAUAUGUUCAUGUUUGUUAGCUUUUCAAUGGGG